AUGAGGGAUGCGCACUAUCGUUCUGUCGCUGGUAUGAAAGCCACCAGGUGGGGUGAUCAAGCCCGUGGCGCUGAAGCACCCAAAUCUGCACAGCUGGUGAAUGCAGGUGGAUUUAUGUUCACUGAUAAUCUUAAGAGCGACAAGAGGCUCUGUCAAGGGAUUGGCGCAGGUUAUGAAGUUGUGGAAGUGGGUAGUGGGCAAGGUAUGUAUCCCGCAAUUCGUUAUCGAUGCUUCGCCUACCGGGCGGUCAGCCUAGAUGAUCUUCAGACCGCCUUUGGCAAUUGA